AGAAUAACACUUGUAAUAAAUUUUGUGCAGAGCAGCACGUCAAGGCGUUCAACAAGGUGCACGUAUGUUCUGUACAGAAAUACCAAUAAUUAUUAACAAAAUUUUUUCAGUUAAAAUAACUUUUACUGGGAAGUUAAAAAUUAAUUAAACUUUGUUAACUUGCCGUCUAUGUUUUCUUCCUAAGAAUAAAUUUAUUUAUAAAUUUAUUAAUUUAUAAAUUUAUUUAUUAAGCUAAAGCUAAAGACACCAUAACAGUACGUAAUCAGUGUAAGCAGAUCUUCAAGUCUACACUGAGAUCGCUCGAAUGAAGACACAGGAUGCAUCCUUUCCUCAGCGUGUGCACCUUAUGCGCGCUGUUCACCUGCUGCUACACAGAGCGUCUGGUCCUACGCAAACCCCACCCGCAGAUCAUCCGCAAUCCGCCCCAGGAAGACCAGGUGGUGCUGUUCGAGGAGAAGGACGACGCGGACGAUUUUCCUGAGCACUUCGAAGACGAGACGACCUUGUUACCAGAAGCAGUCGAGCAUAAUGGCGACGCCACGGACGAACCGGCGACGAACGGCAGCACGGAGGCCGUGACCUUUACCAUGGAGCAGCCACCGACCUCCCGCCCACCGGAGGAUAUCCCGCGGGGCCCCAUUCUGGCCGAGGAGUCCCUGGAACGAAAGUACGCCAAGAAAUUCAACGAAAACGCGGCGGAGAAAGUGGUUUUCUAUGAACCACAGUUGCUGCCAAACUGCUGGAUGCAGAGUAUGCUGGCCAGCCACAAUGAGUUCACGCCGCAAUGUAACCAGGAUGGGAGUUUCGCCUCCAAGCAGUGCUUUUUACAAAGAUGUUGGUGUACGAAUCGCGAUGGAUCAGCGCAGGUGCAGUCCAAUCGGAAACGGUUCUUCUUCGGGAUCCGCGGGAUCACCCUGCGCUGUACGCAGAACGGAAUUCCCAUUUAAGCCAGCAACCAAGAAAUGCUGCAGCUUUUUGUGCCCCGGAUUGGCAGCGGAUUGCGACCUUUGCUCAUGACCUUUUUGUUUUUGCUCAUAAAAAUAUGUUUCGAAAUGCUCAAGAAGACGUACCUGCUGUCGACAGCAUCCGUUUUCUCGUACUGUGUGGUGAUCUUCUUGAAGCACGGUGGCGGAAAUACAGUACAUCCACUGUGCUUGAUGAAGAUCACCAUCAGAACAUCAACACAAAUGCCGGACACAUUCAACGGUAUCCUCAACUGCACAGCCGCUGAUCACUUUAGUAAUAGCUAGCCAUGUCACCGGAGAUGGACAUUCCGUCUUCCGAUCACGCCGAAUACAAAUACCCGCAUUGUACGCGAAACCAUGUAGCUGUUGCUGCAUCCCGUGAAUGAGGAACGAGCCAGGCACCAAAAAUUGACGUUGGUCAGCUGCCGUUUUUAAACAGAUUUUGACUCUUGAAUGUCUCGCUUGGAGACCUUGCUCUAGCAGUGUUGUGGUUGUUUGUUGCACGAAUCCUGUGCGGUAUGUUUGAGAAGUCGGGAGACACCGAGUCAGGAAUGGUCCAUUCGAAUCUGGAUUUGACUUGAAAUUGCUCAAGUUUCACGUGCGAUCGGCACAGAUUUCUCGUGAUCACAUGUAAAACGCAAGUGCUUUUAAGACAGCAAAAGUUGUUAUUUAACCAAGCAUCUGUACA